AUGGUAAGGAAUCUUUGGGAAAAUUUGACGCAAAGAGUGAUGAAUGAAUAUUUCUUGGGUAUUCUUCUCACAGCAAGGCAUACAAGGUCUACAACAAAAGAACUUAGUAUGUGGAAGAAAGGAACACACGAUGAUGAAGCUGUAGAUGUGGAGUUUUCAAAGGUUCCUGAUGAAGCCAUUGAAAUCUCAAAUGGAAAGAUGGAGUUGAUGAGUCAAGUCAAGCAGGGCAACGAAGAAGAUGCAGUAAAAUCUCCAGAAGGCUCAGAGGAACCAGGUCCCUCCAUUACUCCACUUGACACUGAACGUCGGGUAGUUGAUGUUGUGUCAGGUACUCCCAGGGAUGAACAACGAAGCAGAAGUCAUGCUUCUAUAGAUAUCAAUGAUGGAUCAAACAUGGAAGAACGUGGUCCCUCGAAUCCUGAAGUCCAAGUAUCUAACGGGAAACACAAAAGGUCUCAUAUACUCCACAAUGUGAUUAUUCCCUUAGACUUUGGCAAAGACAAGGCAAGGCUAGUGGUUCAAGGCUACAAUCAAGAAGAAGGCAUUGACUAUCGUGAAACCUGUGCUCAUGUGGAAAGAAUGGAAGCAAUCAGGAUUCUUAUUGCUUUUCCAUCUCAUAUGGAAUUCAAAUUAUUCCAAAUGGAUGUGAAAAGUGCCUUCCUUAAUGGGUACUUGAAGGAGGAAAUUUUUGUCAAGCAACCUCCUAAUUUUGAAAGUCAUAAGCAUUCUGGGCAUGUGUUCAAGCUUGACAAGGCUUUAUAUGAUUUAAAGCAAGCUCCUCGAUCAUGGUAUUAG